AUGACGAAGAAGGAGUCCAGUUCAUGCAGCCAUCACAGUGGCCGAGCCGGCCGGGUGCCCGAGGCUGGGGUGGCGGGUUCUGACCGUCCACGCCUCAAUCUUCUGAUUCCAAAACUCCCCUCCUUAUCCGUCUCUAACACACACGAGUUCAAAUUCAAGAGUGGUGCCGGCAUAGGAAACAAUAUUGCCACCGCUUAUGCUACCAGUGGCGGCAGCCGCCAGUCGCAGUCUUUACGUGCCGGUCAACUACACUGCGGCGAUGUCGGCGGUACCAAGAUACCACCGAAGGACGUGAUCGUGAUUUCGAGCAACGAUGAGUCAAGCGAUGCGACGAAUGCCGCUUCCCUUGUUAAACACAAGGCCGUACGCCCUGAUCACGGAUGUCAACGCGAUCCCCGGCCGUUCGCAGAGCCAUGCGAAACGACGUCGAAGGACGAUAUUUCGAAAUACCUCUUAUACGACGAGCGGGAUAAGGCUGCCUCCAGACAGGAGAGGGAGACACGACAGAAAUCGGAUGGCAGCUACCGCUCUGCAUCCCAUAAUCACCACGGCGACGGCGACCAGACGAGCAGCUCAGCCCACCGCCAUCUGCCGGUUCCAGACGAGACCGGAGAGCCGACCAAGAAUGAUCCUGUCAGCCCAUCGGUAGUGCCGGACCAUCAGAGCAUCAGCGAACCUAAGCCAGCAGAUGCCAAGCUACGCUUCCAGGUGGAAAAAGAGCAUGAGUCCGGUAGCAGCGCCCUCUCUUAG